GACCUGGAUUUUUUGGAACCUAAUUAUAUUAAUGAGUAUCUUUCAAUAUUGGUGGAGACGACCAUAAAGUCAUUAAUUGAUUCACAUUGUAUUGAUUACGAUGAGGACGAGCAGGCUUUAAUUUCGCUGCCAAUGGGAAAGAUAGCAUCGUUUUAUUAUUUAUCGCACAAUACAAUGUCAAUAUUUACGCAAUCGCUAGAAGAAAAUUUGACAGUGGAUCAAUAUCUAUAUAUACUUUGCAACUCGUACGAAUAUAACGAAUUGCCUGUGAGACAUAACGAGGAAUUAUUAAAUGAGGAAUUAGCGAAACUGUGCCGUUAUUCCGUGGAUCAGUAUAGCUACGAUUCACCGCACACAAAAGCGUUUCUUUUGUUGCAAGCGCACUUCUCAAGGCUGCCAUUACCGUGCACCGAUUAUAACACUGAUCUGAAAUCAGUGCUCGAUCAAGCAAUCAGGAUAAUACAGGCAAUGAUCGACACGGUCGCAGAACGUGGCUGGUUAACGAGUACGCUGAGGAUAAUGCAAUUGUUUCAAAUGAUCGUUCAGGCACGAUGGAUGGACGAAUCCGCAAUCACAACAUUACCGCAUAUAAAAAAGCAAGACUUGCAUUUGUUUUCAUCAUUAUCAAUGGCUCUCCCGGUGUUGUGUUUUAACACGCGCGACAAUUAUAAGAAACUCGCAAAGAUUUUGUGCAGAGACUAUUUAGAGGAACAAAUACGCGAGAUACAUGAAGUAAUUAGAGAUAUGCCAAUAAUAUCUGUUGAUUUAAUGCUGGAGAGUUCAUGGAGUAUCGACGCUGAAAAAAAGAAGAUAACAUUGAAGCCCAAUAAUGUCGAUUCUAUGAUUGUUCGACGGAAUGAAGAAUAUACGUUAAUCGUUGGGUUGAAAAGAUUAAAUGCUUCCAAAAAUUUGAAAGCACAUUGUCCAAUGUUUUUAAAGGGAAAGGAUGAAAGUUGGUUUUUGGUAUUAGGCGAUAUUCAGAACAAAGAAUUGUGGGCUCUAAAAAGAGUAUCUGGAAUAAAUAGUCAGCAAAGAUAUCACCAAUUGCAGUUUACUGCACCUAAUAGUUUGGGAAAAACGAAACUAACAUUCUACUUGAUUUCUGAUUGCUACAUAGGAUUGGAUCAGCAAUACGAUAUUUAUUUAAACGUAACAUGCUAA